UAUUAAAGAGCAGCAUUCUCACACGUGUUUUGAUGACUCCGUUUCGCUUGAAAAGCUAAUUUAAAUAUGUGUGUGUAAAUAAUUAGUUUAAUUAUAUGCACACAGUCAGCAUAGAAGGAGGCAUGGCUUAACUACCCGGCAGUGCGCCCUCAGUUCGAGCCAUAUUUUUGUGCCACAGAUUCACUUUUUAUUCUGGUGCAGCCGGGUGAAGUUUUGAAAGGACGCGGCGCCAUGAUUCACAGUUUGUUUCUGAUCAACACUUCUGGUGACAUAUUUUUGGAAAAGCACUGGAAGAGUGUGAUCAGCCGCUCCGUCUGCGAUUAUUUCUUCGAAGCUCAGGAAAAAGCCGCGGACGUGGAGAAUGUGCCGCCUGUCAUCCCUACCCCGCACCACUACCUCAUCAACAUCUACCGGGAGAAGAUCUUCUUCGUGUCUGUCAUUCAGACCGAAGUACCCCCUCUGUUCGUCAUCGAGUUCCUCCAUCGGGUCGCUGAAAUGAUUCAGGAUUACUUUGGAGAUUGUUCCGAAACCACGAUCAAGGACAACGUGGUUAUAGUAUACGAGCUUCUGGAGGAGAUGCUGGAUAACGGAUUUCCCUUGGCUACGGAAUCGAAUAUCUUGAAAGAGCUAAUCAAGCCCCCGACCAUUCUGCGGUCCAUGGUCAACACGAUCACAGGCAGCAGUAAUGUUGGAGACACUCUGCCAACGGGUCAGCUGUCCACCGUCCCCUGGAGGAGAGCCGGGGUGAAGUACACCAACAAUGAGGCUUACUUCGACGUGGUGGAGGAGAUUGACGCCAUCCUGGAUAAAUCAGGGACGACAGUGUUUGCUGAAAUCCAGGGUGUGAUCGAUGCUUGCGUCAAACUUUCUGGGAUGCCGGACCUCACCCUGUCCUUCAUGAACCCGAGGCUGCUGGACGACGUGAGCUUCCACCCCUGCGUGCGCUUCAAGCGCUGGGAGGCCGAGAGGGUCCUCUCCUUCAUCCCCCCCGACGGAAACUUCCGGCUCCUGUCUUACCACGUCAACGCACAGAACUUGGUAGCCAUUCCUGUGUACGUGAAGCAGAACAUCAGUUUCUUUGAGAGCGGGUCGUCAGGGCGACUGGACAUCACCGUGGGCCCCAAGCAGACCAUGGGGAAGCCGGUGGAGUCGGUCAUUGUUACAGUGCACAUGCCAAAGGUCGUGCUCAGUGCCAAUCUGGCAACCGCCCAGGGCAACUACACCUACGACCCGGUCACCAAGGUCCUGGUGUGGGACAUCGGCAAAAUCAACCCCCAGAAGCUGCCCAACCUGAGAGGGAGCCUGAGUCUGCAGUCGGGCGCCCCCAAACCGGAGGAGAACCCCAGCCUGGUGCUCCAGUUCAAGAUCCAGCAGCUGGCCAUCUCAGGGUUGAAGGUUAACCGGCUGGAGAUGUUUGGGGAGAAGUACAAGCCUUUCAAAGGUGUUAAAUAUCUGACCAAAGCUGGGAAGUUUCAGGUCCGGACGUGAUUCAGCACAUAAGCUUUUCCAAAAGUAUAAAGGUCAAAACAAUGUAGUGCCAAAAAAAAAAAAAAGCAUUUACAUUUAAGAUGCCAUUAAAUAAUGUUGAUGCUGUCAUGUAUCUCAGAACAUUUAGGAACGACUUUACACUUUUGUGUGAAAUGUGACAAAUGUGUGGAGUACAUGACACACUACAUGUCUGGAAACCCAUUUCACAAGAGUAGCCUUAAAGUAUUUUUUGGAGAAAAGAAAAAAGGGAUUUGGUUGAAUUUCUUCCUCCUUCAAGGAGGACAGCCUUAAAUAAUGUUACAGACCUAGACCGAAAUCCUUUCGUAACUUCGGACAUCCUAAUGCAACGACACUUGUAGAAUGAAUAAUCUUUUUCCACAGUUUAGGUACAUUUUAUACUGAAGGUCGCCUUUAAAAUGAAUUUUGAAAAGUAUAUUCUAUUUUAGGGAAUGUGUGACAUUAGGCAGUUCAUAAACCAUGUGAAAUUCCCAGCAGAAUUGAAAUUGGGAAUAAGUGUAACAUUCCACAUAUUCUUGUCCAUGUUUCGUCUGUCUGCACUACAGAAUUAACCAGGAAAACCAUUUGCUGCCAUUUUGUGCCCAAAAAUCCUUAAAUUAAACAACUCACAUUUUUUCCAGCGAGGGGCAAUCAACUGAACCUUAACUAAGCCCUUUGAUAUCCUCUUUUGAGAAGUACCUCCCCUUUUUUCACCGAACCAGUGAAUAUUGCCUUCAGAAGCUUAAGCAGAAGCUUGCUUCAGUCACUCAAUCUUUAAUAAAAAUAUGCAAGUUCUUUAUUUUCCCCCUGUGCCUAAUUCACAGCCUGAUAUCACGUCUCUUGGUCAUGUGUCUGAGAUUCUUUGCCUUGCGGAGAGUGCAGACCAUUCCUCAGAAGCACAGGGAGCUUGUGUGCCAAGAGAACUAGUACUAGUGUUUACCAUAGGAGAGCACUACAGUCAGAAACCAUGUGUCGAUGUGUGUGUGUGUGUGUGUGUGUGUGUGUGUGUGUGUGUGUCGACCGCGUGUGUCGCUGUGUGGAGACGGCGGACAUGAGAACAGAAGCAUAUCGGCUGAUGGUCUACACGCAGUCUGUGAACUGGUACACAAAUACAGAACAGGGGACCAGUGUGCAUUUCAGUACAAGGGAGACAAGAAAUGGGAAAUGUAUGAUUCAAGGGAAGAGCUAUGUGUGUCUUAAAAUAAAUUUGAACAUUUAAUUAAA